AUGCCCUUUGACCUCGCACACAACCUCACCUCCCACCACCUAAUCCCCCAAUCCACCGACCUCCGCCUCAACCCGCCAGAAUCCUACCUCUACAUCCAGGACUUCCUCAUCAUAUCUUGCGGCGUGCUCUACGCCCUCUGCUACUUCUUCUACAUCCUCCGCACGUAUGACGAUAGAUAUAUUGCAGGGACACCGCUCUACCUGGCGGGGACAAUGGCGUACGAAUUAUACUACGCGUUCGCGACGACGAGUACCAGAAUGGAGAGGGCUGCCUUCCUGGCGUGGUUUGUGAUGGAUGUUAGUUUCGCAGCGGUGGCAGUAGUGUGGGCCUGUGUGAAGGGGAGGAGGAUCAGGAUGGUGAGGGGACUAGUAGGGGGUGUGUUGGCCGGUGUGGUGAUCUUGAGGGCGUUGGGGUGGUGCUGGCUGGAUGAGAGGGAGCAGGUUACAGCAUAUUGGACCGGGCUGGUUUUGCAGCUACCUAUCGGGUGGGCGUCUCUGUUCUUGCUGCUUCGACGUGGCGACACGAAGGGCCAGUCGCUUGAGAUAUGGAUCACGCGGUAUCUGGGAUGCCUCACAGCAUAUGGUGUCUUCUUUUGGCGGUACUUGAAUGCGCCGAACAACUGGAAAUAUGUGGGAAGCUGGUGGAGCAUCUGGACCAUUAUUGUGACUUUAAUACCGGAGACCGUGUAUCCGUUCGUGUACGUCCUGGGUGUAUUUGAAGGAACAUAG